UCCGGCCCGCCUCUCUGGCCACUACACAGUCUCUGAGGCCUGCCCAUUUACUUUGGAGCCCGGACAGUGAGGGUGGCGGCGGCUGCCACCGAGGUUUGGCUUCAGUAUCUACUGUUGCUGCCGCUGUUAAUUCAAACACCAUGCUGUUUUCCUCAAUAUCAAAUGCUUCUACCUUGACUGCUGCCACUGGGCUUUCAUUUGGUGCCCCAACAACUUCGGCUGGAACACUUGGUGGUAUGACUUUGGGAUUUGGAUUAAAAUUCCCUGGAGCAGGUGGAACAGCCCCUACUACUGCAUCUACUACAGCGUCAACGACCACCGCCACCACUGUCACCACCACCACCACUACCACAACCACCAGUGGCAUUACCUUCAACUUAGAACCACUGCCAUCAACUGGAAUUAGUUACACUGUCCCAGUCGGUAUUACUUCCAUACCUUUUACUUCGAUUGUUAAUGCGAUCAUGACUCCUGUGAUGACGUAUGGUCAGCUGGAUGGUCUAAUAAACAAAUGGAGCCUUGAGUUAGAGGAUCAAGAGAAUCACUUUCUUCACCAGGCCACCCAGGUCAAUGAUUGGGACUGUACAUUGAUUGAGAAUAGUGAGAAGUUUAUUACUUUGCAUGGAGAAGUGGAAAAAGCAAAACUGGAUCAGCAAAGGCUGGAACGAGAAUUAGAUUUUAUCCUGUCAGAGCAGAAGGAACUAGAAGAUUUCUUGACCCCUUUAGAGGAGUCUGUGAAGGACCAUAGUGGGUCUGUUUUUCUGCCAUAUGAAGAGGAGGAGCGUAAGAGGACUUACAAAUUAGCAGGAAAUAUAGAUGCUCAGCUGAAACGAAUGGCCCAAGAUCUCAAGGACAUUAUUGAGCACCUGAAUGCAUUUGGAAGUCCUGCUGACACUACUGACCCGCUCCAGCAGAUCUGCAAAAUUCUGAAUGCUUGUGUGGACUCUCUACAGUGGAUUAAUCAGAAUUCAGACAUCCUUCAAAGAAGGGUAGAAGAGGUAACACAGGUUUUUGAGGAUUGUCGUCGCACGGAGCAGGAACGCAAUAUCAGGAUUGCUUUUCGUUGAAUGACCAUAUCUUCAGCAUGUUGUUUUGGGAUAUACAUUAACUACAAAUUUUGAUGAUGUUAAAUAGAGUAGUAUUUACAAUUACUAAUUAAUCUUUGGUUGCAAUAAAAUGUGCGUGUAUUUGGCUUUUUUUUCCAUUUAAAUAUUGCGCUGUUGAGAAUUAUACUGUAGUUUGGUUUUUAGUAUUAGCAAAUCAAAACUAUAUUAGCCCUUUUGUCUAGGCAGUAACCUAUUAGAUCUUGACUCUGUGUGUGUAAUUUGUAUCUUAUUCUCCUAGAUUCCAUAUCUUGCCACGAGCACACAUCGUCCUUCUAACUCCAGCCAGAUCAUAGAGAAAUGUUUGCCAAAAAAUAAAUGCCAACCAGUCUUUACUGGGUGCCUGUUGACAUUUAAUGUACACUGUAUAGUGCUAGAUACUAUGAAGUCUCUCUCCUCAAAGGAAAUUACUGUCUAGUUUGAGAUAUAAUUAAUGCCUAUCUGUAUAAAAACAAUAUAGCCAAUAAAAGGAAGUGUGUUAUCAAUUACCAAAAGUGUGCUAUAGAAAUUCAAAGGGAGGAAAAGUUAGGGUGGAUUUGGGACUUGAAUUAGGUUGUUUUUAAAAGGGCAAGGUUCAGGCAGUUUGUUUAUUUUUGAUGUACAGGUAUCCUCGUGUUUUACUUGGUUUUAGCAUAUGAUUUCUAGUUGUUGGUUUUUGUGUAAUUGUUUGUUUUUUUUUUAAGAAAAAGCUUUGUUCUUAGCUUGGGAAUAGUCUGAUCUCUUGUGUUUCAUGUUUCACCUAAGUCAUAAAUAAAGGUAAUGUUCUAAAAAAUAAAAGUAUCAUACCAAAAUAAACUACUUAAAAGUUUUUGAGUGA